CUUAAGUAACUGCCAGCGAUCUGGCUGUGGGCUGAGGCAGCCGAACUGUCCGGCAGGCAGUCACUCCCUUUGCAGUGGUGUGAUAGGCCCACUGGGACUCUAACUCAACGGAAUUUCCCAACUGAGGAGUGGGAAAAUUCUCAAACCAGUCACUCCGUGAAGGGAGCUGGAUGCUCCCUCCUCUUCCCUUCCAACUGACACCCCAGGAGGAGUGACUGCCUCCUCUUCUCAGGCAUUUGGGGUCAAAACCCAACCAGAGCUCCCCUUUUCCGGGACAUCUGGGCAGCGGCUUUAGUUCCAUCUCUCUGGCCUCUCUGCCUCAGGGAGGGUUGCCUGGCAACCGGGCAGCAACGGCUUCUGGGACUCCAGGCCCCGAAGGAGAUGGAGCUGUGCCUCAGGCAGAGACUAUAAAAAGGACCUGCCCUGCACUGGCUCCCCUUACAGGCUGCUACCACAGGAGAGCUGAGGAUUUCACCUUCCAGGACCAUGGACACAUCUUACCCUCGCGAGGACUACCUGCCCAUGACGUCCCGGAAGCAGGACACUUGUCCCACCGUCAUCACCAUUGGACCCUCCGUAGUGCCCCGGGACCACCUGAUCUGGUCCAUCUUCAACACCAUCUACAUGAACUUCUGUUGUUUUGGCUUAGUGGCUCUUGCCUACUCCGUCAAGGCCCGGGAUCAGAAAGUGGCUGGUGACAUCGAGGCCGCUCGCCGCUUCAGCUCCAAAGCCAAAUGCUACAACAUCCUGGCGAUGGUGUGGAGCCUGCUGCUGCCGCUGCUGCUCAUCGCCCUGAUGAUCACAGGCGUGAUCCACCUCUCCAAGCUCGCUCAGGAAUCGAUGGACUUCUUCAACUACAAGUUGUUCACUAACGACGAUGACGGAAAGUGAUCCAGGGGCCUCGUGGGCUCCUGGAAACACUUGUGGGCCACUCUGGUAGCCUUCUAAAGACACUGCUAAUCCAGUAUAACCCAGCAAACCAAACCACUGCACAUUGCAACCUCCGUUGUUGUAACCCAGAGCAACCAAUGCCUCACACCAAUCAGAGCACCACUGAGGUAUUUCAUGUGCCCCGGAACUCAUUUCACAGCUUGCCCUUUGGUGUGGCCUGAGGUGUGAAAAUAGUUCCUUUUGCAUCCUGGUAGUUUGCAUGGACUUGCGCUCAAGAUAGCUGAGUCUGUGCACUGUGGUUCCUCUCCUCCUUUCCUCCUCCUUUGGUCUUUGCUUGUCCUGGGAUCUUGGCCAUGGGGUGUUAGAGACAUGAGCUAUCGACUUCCCUUGGAACCCUAUUCUUUUGCUGUGCCACCAGUCUAACCUUUGUUGUUACUA